AUGGCAGACGGCCUCAAUCAAGCUCGCGCCGUUCGAGUGGCCGAACUCCUCAAUGACUACCGCACGCUCCUGCUGCACAUCUCCCAACAGCAAGCUGACGCUUCCGCCGACGACUACUACGAAGAAGGCUUCGUCCUUCUUCGCGAUUGUCAUACCUCCGCCCAGCGCCUUUUAUCAGCCAACUACCACCCAUGCCCUGUCACCGGCCGAGGCGACGCAGAGACCGAGAAAGCUGAGCUACAACGAGUCAUCAUUGAUAGCAGCGCCCGUCGUUUCCAAGCACACAAGAUCUACCUCCGCGCUGCCGCUGCUCGUCGAUGGGCCAUGAGCCGAGCAAGCACUCUCCGCGGCCAACGGCCAGCACCGCAACACGCUGCCGCCCUGAAAGUUGCCCAUGCCACCCUACAACAAGAACUAGUUCGCAUCACCGACCAGCACGUCGUCGCUGAUCUUCGAGCCGCCGAUCUGCGGGCAGGUCAUUGGCUUGAUGAUGACCCAUCGCUAGAUGCUAUGCGGCGUUGGAUCAACGGCCGGUAA